CAUGGUGCAGUCAAUCGAUAGGUCAAAGGCUUAUCCGCUCGUCCAAUAGGAGGCGUGUUGCCUGUGGUGGGCGGGUGUUUGAGCCCGCAGCCCUGGAAGCCUCUGGAUGAUCCGCUGCAGCGGAACCACACGGGAUGGAGGACUUGUGAAUGCUCGGCGUUGGGGACAUUCUGCCGGGACACGUUGAGGCCCAACCGGCGUCGGCAGCUAACGGUCCGAGGGCCUACUGACCUGUACACCCCAGGAGGCAUGAGGGGUCCGAGUGCGCGGUGAGUCUCACACAGAGGGGGCAGGAAUCGGACCGGCGGAGUCCCGGGACACAUGGUGCCGUGGUGAACAGAGGACCGCAGGGACGAACCCGACUGCUGGUCCCGUGUGCGGAGCCGCCUGCGCUCCACUGCUAUGAGACACCUGGGCGCGACACCAUGAAGGAGAAGUCCAAGAACGCGGCGCGGACCCGGCGGGAGAAGGAGAACAGCGAGUUCUACGAACUGGCCAAGCUGCUGCCGCUGCCGUCCGCCAUCACCUCCCAGCUGGACAAAGCGUCCAUCAUCCGGCUGACCACCAGCUACCUGAAGAUGCGGAUAGUCUUCCCCGAAGGCCUUGGGGAGUCCUGGGGUCAUGUGAGCCGCAGCUCUUUGGAUGGAGUCCACCAGGAGCUCGGGGCCCAUCUCUUACAGACAUUAGAUGGCUUCAUCUUUGUGGUUGCUCCGGAUGGAAAAAUAAUGUACAUCUCAGAAACGGCAUCGGUCCACUUGGGCCUGUCGCAGGUGGAGCUCACUGGAAACAGCAUUUAUGAAUACAUCCAUCCAGCUGACCAUGAUGAGAUGACAGCCGUCCUCACAGCUCACCAGCCUUACCACUCACACUUUGUCCACGAGUAUGAGAUGGAACGCUCCUUCUUUCUGAGGAUGAAAUGUGUCCUUGCUAAAAGAAAUGCUGGUCUCACCUGUGGAGGCUACAAGGUGAUCCACUGCAGUGGCUACCUGAAGAUCCGUCAGUACAGCCUGGACAUGUCCCCUUUUGACGGCUGCUAUCAGAACGUGGGGCUGGUGGCUGUCGGCCACUCGCUGCCGCCCAGCGCUGUCACCGAGAUCAAACUGCACAGCAACAUGUUCAUGUUCAGAGCCAGCCUGGACAUGAAGCUCAUCUUCCUCGACUCACGGGUUUCAGAGCUGACCGGCUACGAGCCACAGGAUCUCAUUGAGAAGACUCUCUAUCAUCACGUCCACAGCUGUGACUCCUUCCAUCUGAGAUGUGCUCAUCACUUGUUGCUGGUCAAAGGUCAGGUCACCACAAAGUACUACCGCUUCUUGGCCAAGCAGGGAGGCUGGGUCUGGGUUCAGAGUUAUGCAACAAUUGUACACAACAGCCGCUCAUCCCGACCUCACUGCAUCGUCAGUGUCAACUACGUCCUCACGGAGACGGAGUAUAAAGGCCUGCAGCUCUCUCUGGACCAGGCCACAUCCAAGGCCUCCUUCCCCUACAGCAGCACCACCGCCAGCCUUACAUUGGACUGCAGGACUCCCAAGAGCAGAGUGUCCCGGCCUAGGACCAAAGCCAGGCUCUCGCCAUACAUCCAGUACCCUAGUUUCCAGACGGAGCGCUCAGAAUCAGACCAGGACAGUCCGUGGGGCAGCAGCCCCCUCACAGACUCGGCCUCCCCCCAACUGCUCGAGCAAAGCGAGGGCCCUGAUGCCUCCUGUGUGUACAAGCAGUCGCUCUGCUACAGCCUGUCUGAGGAGCACCGUCACAGCGAUGGCUACACACACCUCCACACACACGGUCCGGCCCUGACCUGCGAGCGAGGCCGAUGUGAGGCGGGCCGAUAUUUUCUAGGGGCUCCUCCCCCUGGCACGGACACGUGGAGGGGCCCCGCUCGGUCGGUCCUGCCGCCAAGCAAGAACUCCUCAGAGAACCCAGAGGGAUGUGACAUUGGCACCAUCCACAGCUACAAUGGCCGGGGCCACUGGGACGAGGACAGCGCGCUCAGCUCUCCAGAUGGAGGCUCAGCCAGUGACUCGGGGGAUCGCUACCAGGCGGAUCGCUACCAGGCGGACCCCUACCGUUGUAGCCCGCAGGAACCCAGCAAGAUCGAGACUCUGAUCCGGGCAACGCAGCAGAUGAUCAAGGAAGAAGAAAGUCGAUUUCAGCUCCGCAAGGGCCCCCCAGGGGCCCCGCUGGGGCCGGCCAACGGGCUGCCCAAGGGCCCCGGACCAUGCUUCACUCCUGAAUACACUCAAGGGCCACUGCAGACCGUAGUGUGUCGCGGUUUGAGUCAGGGUCCCGCCCCCCUGUGCAGGCUCAGUAGUCCAGGUCCUGACCGCCUCCACAAGUCCAAAGACUACCUCCAGGCGGACCGGUCCCCCCUUUCUCUUCCAUUGCACCACCCGUUUGGUCGGCCGGGUCCGUGCUCGCCUUCCCCCAACUUGGACCCAGCCCUUUACCCCCCUCACACCUACUUGGACAAGCACAAAGCCUACUCCCUGACAGGCUACGCUCUGGAGAACCUCUAUGACCCAGAGAGCCUCCGGGGCUACUGCUCCUCUUCUGGUAUGGGCCCCACCCACUACGACGUGACCCCUCACCUCCGCAUGCCGGCAGAGCAGCCCCCCGGACAUAAAGGCACCUCGGUCAUUAUCAGCAACGGCAGCUAACACCCAUCUGACACACGCAGGCACACGGCACACAGCCAGGGUUAUUGUGUCUGCCUUAGCUACAAUCCCCCCCAAAAGGUUGCUCCAUUUUUGAAGAGGGCAAAAGAACGUAAGAGUAUGUUUCUCCAAAUGGGUGCUGUGUUAGUAGUCUGGAGAGAAAAACGAGGUCCCAUAAUCAGGACAGUGCCUUUAGUUCUGGUAAGUAGUGUCAUUGUUACUUGGAGUGUUUGGACACACUUUCUAAAUGAAUUGAAUGAGAAAAGGUGUCCAACCUCAGGUCAGGUUCCUAUUUUUAAUAGUUACUUUUUGUAUUUAGUGCCAGAUCACAAGUAAGUAAGUCAUUUAAGUCCUAUAGAACAGGUGUGUACUCUGUUCUUUUAUUAUGUGAUAUCUCUCUUUAGUCAUUUCUGUCCUUACAUGGUCAAGUGUUUACAAAAGUGCAUCGCCCAAUCCUAAAGGGUCCUGGAGGUAGUCACUCGUCACCCCAACAGGAAGGUCAAAGAAAAAGAAAAGGAAGGAAGAUUUUAAUAUCACAUUGUUACAAGUAGCAGAGGACAGCUCCAUACGUGACCAGCCUCCAGUUUCCAGGCCAACUGAAGUAAUUGGAAUGUACUGCAACACUACCGUGCACUGUAGCACUAUAAAAGUAACCCCUUUUAAUCCCAGUGUGUUAUCGCAAAUCCUGCUCUUUAAAAGGGGGGAAAGAAAUGAGUACAAUGGAAAGAAAAUGUAAAAACAGGGCUGUGUCCCAGAAUGUGUGUGUAACCUUUUGCACUAUGAAAGAUGAAGGGUUGCCCCUGUUGGGGAGACAUGAGUAGAGGUAGAGUUUGGUUCACAGAGCACAGGUUGGCCUUGUCCUUUUUAAACUUCACACUCUAAUAUGCAAAGCCAUUCGCUAGAUGUGUCAUUUCUCUCAAUUAUUGGUAUCUUGCAGAAAAGUAAAUGCAGUAAAGAAAGAGGCAGACCCAUGAUGACUAACAGGCACAUGAUCAUUCUCAUUGUACAGAUGGGAAGUCUGCUGCUUUCAUAUCUGAUACAGUAUUUGAUUGGCAGGACAAUAGAACCACACACAUUCUACUGAAUUCUCAUAAUCUACGAGAAACAUCUGAGGACAUGACAACAUUUAUAUGUUUUAUUGUUUCCCACGAUGAUAUAUAAAUGAGUGCAGGAAGGUGAACCGACCAUAUGCAAAUCAACCCAUUGCAAUGCCAGGCGAGGCAGCUUGAUUGUGUUCCUGAAGCAACUGUUGGUUAUUGUUACGUGGGCAUGUUUGGUAAACAGGAAUCAAGUUUUCUCUUGGAGUUUUUCCUCCUCCUGAGUCAUCAGAUGAACCUAUAUUUAUACAAGUUUGGAUUGAUCUUUUUUCAUUUUGUCAAAGCCUGAAAUGUGCUCCGUCUCUUAAAGUUAUUUAUGGUGUUCUGUAAAUAUAAUGAAAAAGAAACUCCCGACACAUUUAAGCACAUGGACAAAAAAUGUAUUUAUUGACUAAAUGUUUCUUUAUGAUUUUUGAAAUAUAGCUGCAAUCAAAUCCAAUCUGCUUGUAUAUUGAGUGUGUUUUUGACUGAAGCCAAUUCUCUAAGAGGGCAAAAUAAAAU